AUGUCUAAAAUUGAACUUGGUCUCUGUGGAGAGAUUUUAAAGGAGCAUUUUGGAUCUUUGGUUCAGAAAGUUGGAUUUGUUUUACUUUCUAAAGGACGAAGUAACUUGGCAGCGAUUGCUCAGUCAUCCAAACUACCCAUCAAAAUCAUUCGUGAAUCGUUGUUCAUUCUUAUUCAAAAUCAUCAAGUUACGUUUGCUGAAAAUACCGAAGGAAUGAGAGUUGUGGUAUACUAUGAGGCCAACAUCAAGGAGAUUUUACUUAGAGAUCGCUUUGCAUUGUAUAUUUCCACUGCGUCGACGCAUCUUGGAGUGAAUGCUGGACUGAUUAUAAGCAAAGUGCUCGAGGCCGGAUAUCUAGCACCGUUAAAGCUUCUUAAAUCAUGCAAACUCACAGAAAAAGAUAUUUCAGCCUGCAUGGAAAAGUUGGUUCAAGGAAGAUUUGUACGUACUGUGUCAGCUAUAGACAGUCUGACCAUUAAUGAUAAAUAUAUACUGGAAGAGCGAGAGGCGAUUGCCAAUACUGGUGCCGGUGCACCGUUAUCGUCGACCGAGCUGGCCAAGCUGCGAAAAUCUUUGGCAGAAAAGCGUUCAAAUUACGCUCAAACUCCCAGUUCUGGAACAAAACGUAAAGUGCUGGAUUUUGAAGAAGAAGAAAAUAGAAAGAAAAUUGCAGAGUUGGCUAGUCAGCGAGUCAAUGAUACAGCAGGACGCUUGAUCAAAGCCAUGCUAGAUCACACUUAUUCUCAGCUGAAUUCAUGCAAAGAGCCCCUGUCUCCGUCAAUUCGUCGUGAAAUGAUCGGGACGUUGGUUCGAGGGCAAGAACUACAUGUUCAUGGCCAUUCCAAUGAUCCCGCCAUGGAAUAUAUUGAAGCACUUGUAUCAGAACGAGCCAAAAUCGUAUCAAACUUGAACGGAACUCUUUAUGCCAUCAAUCUACGCGACUCUGUUCGUGUGAUGCAAAUAGAUCUAAUUGAAUCCAUCAUUCAGGAGAAAUUUGGAGAUGUGUGUCGUCGUAUUUGGCGGCUGCUUUACAUGAAGCAAAAAUUAGACGAAAAGCAGGUUGGUAAGCAAGCCAUGAUUAACAACAAAGUGGCUCGUGAGUGUCUUUAUACAAUGCUAAAAGAAGGACUCGUCUAUUUGCAAGAUGUGCCAAAGACAAUGGACCACUCUGCCUCUCGUACGUUUUUUCUAUGGUAUGUAUCUAUUGAGCGAACGUGUACCGUUCUUCUUACCAAUGCAUACAAGACCUUGCACAGAAUCAAGCUUCGACGUACCAAAGAGCUUCUUGACCGUACUCUUCUUUUAGAAAAAACCAAUCGCUCUGAUGUACUAUCUGGGGAAGCUCAACUUACAACUACAGAUCAAGAAAACCUGGCUCAUCUCAACACAGUUUUGAAAAAGCUUCAUAUAUCAGAAAUGCGUAUAGAUCAAAUGGUGAUGCUGUUACGAGAUUUUUAA